AUGCCAGAAGCUCCUUGGCCCAAGAGGCGUAGAUUCCAAUACGCGAGUGGAUGGAGCAGUCAUGAUGUCUCGGAACACGAUCAAACCCCAUUAAUUUUGGACGAUGAUACGCGCGCUCUUUAUGAACGCGCCACCACUGACCAGUCAUCACUGAGCGAUGAUGACCGGCGAAAGCUCUCCCAAUGGCCAUCUCAGGAAGCACAAGACUCUCACUACCGGAAAGUAUGUGUCUUAACUUGGUCUGAACUUAUCACCAAAGCUGUUCAAGAUCCUGGAUCCAUCUCAUACUUCGAAGCAUCCUUGCUCAUCACCCCAGCUGUGGGCCCUGAUCUAAGUCUACAGAGAUAUCGGAUGAGCAAAGCUGAUCUAGAUCUUUUGGAUAAUGCGGUAGAGGCUGCUUUGACAGAAGAAGAAAUUGCUGCUCGUCAAAUUAGCUUGGAUAUGAAGGGUUUCUGGGACCAACAAAGCCGGAAUGCCAAGAAAACGCUUGGGAAUUACGACAGACAGAUUAUCAGAGAGGCUAUGACUGUUCAAUGGCAGGAACACGUUAUGGGUUUGGGUGAUCCUAAGUUGGCAUCUUGCGGCUUUGUGACCUUUCACUCAAAGGAUCUGGGCUGGCCGGUAUUCAAGGAGCAGAUGGAAACUGCCAUACGGUGUGGCUUCAAUUUCAUUCCCAAUGUCAAGACAGGAGUCAAAGACGGUUUCACAUUACAUCAUAUAGAGUACGGCGACUCAGAACCUCUGCAAAGACUCUUCAACACCAUGCGAAAUGAGAGAACUAUCCCCAAUGGCUUACGACCAGACACAUUCCUCUACGUUGAUGACAAGGCACUUCAGUCUCGUCACUCAAGUAGGCCUUUCCUUUGGCUGUCAGAGCUGGAGAAUCAAGCCGAGCAAUUCGACGAGACUAUGCCGCUAAAGAUAGACAUCAAGCAUAUAGCGCCGGUACUGAUCGCACGGUUGACGCAACGGGAUAUGUCAUCGGGUAAGUGCCGUACAUGGCCAUGGGGAGACACAUCAGACUUGGAGCAGCUUCACGCUGAAGCUGGUCGUUCACGAAACUCAGAUGGUGAACGAGAUAGGAUCUGGCCUCCAACUCCACGACCGUUUCAAAUCCAGUGCUCGGGCUCUUUACUACUAAGCGAGGGGAUGAGUGUGCAAUAA